AUGUUUAACAACAACGAAGAGACUUCUGACGAAGUAUUCGAAUUUUUUGGGUAUGGGUCACUUCUGUGGAAACAUGAUUUCAAGUUUUCCCAGAAAGGAUUAGGUUUUAUAAAAGGUGUCCAGAGGAAGUUUUGGCAGGAAAAUAAAACACAUCGAGGCACGGAGGAAAAGCCUGGAAGAGUUGCAAUUUUGCAUGAAACAAAGGAAGAUGAUAUUCUCUGGGGCGUUAAGUUCACUAUAGUUGGAUCCUCCAAUAUUCAGGAAGUCAAAGAGAAACUGAAUGUACGAGAAACUGUGCUGGGAGGAUACACGUCAUUUUACACCACGUUCUACAACGAAGAAGGUGUUCACUCCAAAGUUCUUGUUUUUAAUGCUACUAAGGACAAUGAUCUCUAUGUAGGACCCAUGUCGGACGAUCCGCAUGAUGACGUGGAACACAUCGCCAAGCAAGUGGUUGCGGCACGAGGGAAAGCUGGAACCAAUGCAGAAUACGUCAUUAAAUUGGCGUACUUUGUGCGGCAUUAUUUCCCAAAGGAAAAUGAUCAGCAUUUAUUUCUACUUGAUAAAAAAGUGCAGGAAAGACUAGGAAAUCACUCUGAAAGUGUUGUCACAUAUUUUCAACAAAUGGAAAACAAUACUUACCACGUAUAAUGAUGAAAACUCUGAAAAUAUUUUUUGCAGCACUGCGAUCAUUUUUUGGCUUUGUUUAAACUCGCAUAGG